AGGCACGCCCACUGGCCGCCCCGCCCCGUGUGUGCCGGCCGAUUGGCUGUGGCCGCCCGGCCCGGUAUCCGGGUAAGAUGGCCGCAGUCGGAGAGUGCUCGAUCCCUGUUCCGUGGAAUUCGGUGUCUCUCACUCACGUCGAGUAUCCAGCAGGUGACUUCACCGGCCAUCUUCUCGCCUACCUUAGCCUGAGUCCCAUCUUCAUCAUCGUAGGCUUCAUCACCCUCAUUGUUUUCAAGAGAGAGCUACACACGAUCUCUUUCUUGGGAGGGCUGUGUUUCAAUGAAGGUGUAAAUUGGUUAAUCAAGAACAUUGUCCAGGAACAGAGGCCUUGCCCAGAAGUCCACCUGUCGGUCUACUCGAAAUACGCCAUGCCUUCCAGCCAUUCUCAGUUUAUAUGGUUCUUCUCCGUCUAUUCAUUCCUCUUCCUUUAUUUAAGGAUGCACCAAACCAACAAUGCCAGGUUCCUGGACUUGCUGUGGAGACACCUGUUGUCCCUCUGCCUUUUAACCUUGGCUUGCCUAGUCUCGUGCAGCAGGGUUUACUUACUGUACCACACCUGGAGUCAAGUUGUCUACGGAGGGUUUGUGGGAAGCUUCAUGGCUGCCCUUUGGUUUCUCUUCACGCAGGAAAUCCUAACGCCUUUGUUCCCGAGGAUAGCUGCAUGGCCGUUAUCCGAGUUUUUCUUAAUCCGAGACACCAGCCUCAUCCCCAAUAUCUUAUGGUUCGAAUACACAGUCAGCAGAGCAGAAGCCAGGAACCGACAGCGUAAGCUGGGCACAAAGCUACAAUGAGCGCCGAAGUCUCCGGCAUUUGACUACGCAGUUCUGUAUCCCGGCAGGCUGGAACGGAGACACCUGCGCAGAUCUUUGGGGAUGUAGCCAGGCGCCUUUUUACGGGACGGAUCGAUGCCAUCGGGCAGGGACCACCACCGAAGACCCCAGAGGCCUUUUCCAAUGCGCUGGAUCAAUCCUGCUGCAUGCCGAGUCCAUCCACGAGCAAAAACCCCAUUUAUAUAUCGCAGGCGCAUAGCGUUAGACCGGAUGCUACCCUGGGAAGCACCAGGAAGCAAUUUUUGGGAGGGGGGCACAAGCACCGCUAAUUCGGAUGGGGGCGGAGAGGCCUGAGGGGGCGAAACGGGCCGUGGGCGUAGUCCAUCUACUCCAGCCGAGCUUGAUUCAGACAUCGGUCGGUAGGUUAAGACCUGUGAAUAUUUAAGUUGGGGCCUGGAGGGACCACAUGCGCCUUGGGGGACACGCCCGAUACAGCUCUGUAACUUUUCUAUUGAAUUUCUUUUUUUAACGAACAAAAAAAAAAUCAAUUUGCAGCAUGCAAUCCACACACUAUUUAUAUAAUCCUGGGUUGUCUAGUUUGCUGAAGGGGAACGGCGGAGGCCGGUUUGAGGCUGGUUUUCGGGGGGCAGCAGCCAGCUCACUGCCACUAAAAAAGAGUUGGGGGCAAAAUUAAUAAAAAGUUAAGAGAGAAAGGGAAUUCUGCAUUUUGUUUAAGCCAGGGGUGUCCAGCCUUGGUGGCUGGGGAAUUCUGGGAGUUGAAGUCCACAGGUCUUAAAGUCUCCAAGAUUGGACCUCUUGGCUUAAGCGGUCUGCAGAUUGCUGUGCAUAAAAGUGCUUUUUCUACACACUAAAGCAACCCGACAACCUUAAUUAAAGGAUCUGCAUGUGCUGAUCAAUACAGCAGCAGCAAAAAAUAAUAAUAAUAAAAAAAAAUCCACAAUGCUUUUUUUCUUUUUAAUCAGACCCUGGUACUGAGAUUACUUAAAUGGGGGUUCUUUCUGAGUGCCGAUUCCCAUGACUGUAACUCCUUUCUUUCCCUUUCUCUCCAUUCCUCCGAUCCAGAGUUAAUCCCAAACUCGGUUUUGCUGGCUUGAGGAAGGCCCACCAACGGGAACACCCCCGUGUUCGGUGGCGAGCGAUGGGGAUUGUAGUACAGUGGAAUUAAAAUGCAUCUCGCGAAAGGCUAGUUUAAAAUGAUUCCCCCCGCCACCCCUUCAAAACUUUUAAAUACUCAAUAAACGUGUUUUUAUGGUCGCG